AUGAAGCAGGGCGACUGGCCUCUGCCAACAGAUCAUGAGAGCGAAGAGUCCGGUCAGAUCAAGAUUGUGCGCGAUGCAUCGAAGAGGAGCAAGCUCUCAAAGAAUGGCACGAUCAAGCGGAACCCCUCGAGAAGAUCCAACAAAGACGAGAAAGACUCCAAUCUGGUCUCUUGGGAGGGCCCCGACGAUCCCGAAAAUCCCAAGAACUGGACCAGCAAGCGGAGAUGGCUGGCCACCGUCACGGUCUCGUUAUUCACCUUCAUAUCUCCAGUAUCCAGCACCAUGAUCGCUCCUGCCUUGCAAAAGGUCGCAGACGAUCUCGGUACGAAGACACGGCUCGAGGCUGAGCUAGCCAUGUCAGUCUUCAUUCUUGGUUUCGCCAUUGGACCUCUGCUUCUCGGACCCCUGUCGGAGCUCUUCGGUCGAAGAACAGUACUUCAGCUCAGCAACGUCUUCUUCUUCAUCUUCAACCUGGCUGGAGGCUUCUCCAACACAAGUGGACAGAUGAUUGCAUUUCGCUUUCUCUCCGGUCUGGGCGGCAGUGCACCUCUCGGCAUUGGAGGCGGUGUGCUCGCAGAUCUGUGGUCUCCCACCGAAAGAGGACGUGCCAUGGCGCUGUACUCUCUCAUGCCACUCUUGGGUCCAGCGGUCGGUCCCAUCGCUGGCGGCUACAUCGCUCAAUACUCAACAUGGCGCUGGGUCUUCUGGUCGACCUCGAUCGGUGCCGUCUUCGUCGGAUGUCUUGGCUUCUUCUUCCUCAAAGAGACAUACGCCGCUGAAAUCCUCACCAGAAAGAAGAAGCGUCUGAUCCUCCUCACUGGCAACACCGAUCUGCACACCGAAUUCGACAACCCUUCCCGAAGCUUCGCCGCCCACAUUGGUACUGCCUUCAAACGGCCCUUCAUCCUGCUUUUCACCCAGCCCAUCGUCCAAGUCCUAGCGCUCUACAUCGGCUACGUGUACGGCACGCUAUACCUCGUCCUCGCCAGUUUCCCGCGCGUCUGGGCCGAUCUCUACAACCAACCUCUCGGCAGAUCAGGUCUCAAUUACAUCUCCCUCGGUCUGGGCUUCUUCAUCGGCACACAAAUCGCCGCCAAAUUCGCCGACCGCAUUUACAAGUCGCUCAAAGCCAAACACCACGACAAAGGUCGCUCCGAGUUCCGCGUACCGCUCAUGUUCCCUGGCGCCAUUAUGGUGCCAGUCGGUCUUUUCAUUUACGGCUGGUCGGCCGAGAAGCGCACGCACUGGAUCGUGCCCAAUAUCGGGACCAUGAUCUUCGCCGCGGGAAAUCAGCUGGUCUUUCAGAAUUGUCAAACGUACCUCGUGGACGCAUACACUCGUUAUGCUGCAUCUGCGAUCGCUGCGACGGCCGUAUUCAGGAGUUUGGGCGGCUUCGCAUUUCCUCUAUUCGCGCCGUACAUGUACUCUGCGCUCGGCUAUGGUUGGGGAAACACCACCCUCGCGUUCAUUGGUAUUGCGGUCGGCUUUCCGGCGCCUUUCAUUUUGUGGUACUAUGGGGAGGCUUUGAGGAAGAAGAGCACGUUCGCGGCUGGCUGA